AUGGAAGAGACCGACAAUCAAACGAUACCCGUUGGCUUCAACGGUAUGGGAACCACUUAUCAACGACAGAUUGGUCCAGAUGGAGAGGAGGUCGGUGAUUUGAUUGGGCCCGAUGGGCAUUUGGAAGAGCUGCCCCCCUACUCGAGAUAUCCUGAGCCAGCCAACGGUCGUCGUCCUUCAGCGGACAAUGAAGACAGUCAGGUCAGCCCGGCGGGCGCUCAAACGGUUUUGGGAGACACCCCUCACCCGCAGGGAGCCCAUGUGCUUGCCACGGCCGCUUUGGCGUCCGGGGCGGGAGGCAUCGGGAUCGCUACCCGCAACCCAGAGUAUUCAUCGACCGACGAAAACUCAUCCGUCGACAGGUUUACGCGGAGCGUUGAGACUCCGGACACCAACCGUGGCAACAUCAACGUCGCCGCCCGCGACUUUGCAGAAAAGCUGCCCGGUGGAAAGUGGCGGAGAAGAAUGCGAAGGAAGUUUCUCGGCGUCAUCCCGUACUGGGCCAUCUGCCUGCUGGUGGUCGGCCUGAUCAUUGUGGGCAUCGUCAUGGGCGCUGUUCUGGGCAUCUUACUGUCAGACAGCAAUAAGAAGAAACCUGACGGUGACGAAAUCACGCUGGCACCUCAACCUACGGCUGAUGUGGACUUUCUCUCUAGUCUACCCGACGGCCUGAAGCCUCUGCCAGCCCAGGCUUGGACCUGCGAAAUGCCCUUUCGCUACUACUCCUUGGAGAUUGGCAUGAACCCAAAUGCAUCCGAGGUGAAAAACUACAACAUCCAACUCGAAGCCAUCAAUGGCUCCAAUGCUGUAUAUGUCUGGGGAACGCAGCCACCAAACAUCCCCGAGCCCGUCGUCCUCAGACUCGUGAACGAUAGCUUCGAGCCUGGCAGGGGUCCGGCGUGGUGGCGAGAGGUCGCUUAUGACAAGAGGGUCAUCAUAUCCGAGGGGAGCUUUGACGCUGGUCACAAUGACAAGCGUGAGUGGACGUAUACUGGGGGUUCGGAGACUGGAUUCAACCCGACACGGUUCAUGAGCAGCAAACCAGGGCCAGCGGUUGGAGAGAAUGCAUGGAUUUGCACAUGGCCGAAUGUGACGAUGGAGAUUUUCAUCUAUCCCAACCAGAACGCGAGCUCGCCGUACUGGAGCCCCUCGUCACCGACGCCGGGCACGUCGCCCACGUCGACCAGUGCAGCCGCCGCCGCCACUACGAGCCAAGUGCCCUACGAUCCUACACCGGCCUAUCCCAAGGUCGUCAAGUUUCUGGAGCGACGACUAACGGUGGACGAUGAUUCGACAGCAGCCAUAUGCGAGAAGGUCAAGAUCGUGAAUGGGGGCAAGAGCAGCGAGCCUGUGCUGGAUGACGACGGCGAGCCCAUUGCGGUCGUGGUCACGGAGAGACGAAGUACUGUGGAGGAGCUGCUCGAGCAGCAAGAACGCUCACGGCACCCGGACACAGACCCGGACCCCGAGGAACGGAGGCGAGCCGAGAUCACCCAGGUGCUGCGGCGUGAAUCACUGGAGCUGACAGACUGCGGCUGUCUAUGGUGGUCGACAUGA